CUGUCAUGUGUGUGAGAGUGAACUCUGAUUUUUAGAUUUUAACGUCUCAUGAUUCUCCUUCCUCAGAUGGCAGACGAGUGAGAUCAACACUGAUGGCUUCCACAGGCGGCGGCCUCCGGAUCCGGGGGGACGAUAACCUCCAGUCCAUGCUGGUGGGGACGGUGAUGAGGAAGAUCAAGUCUCGAACCUGGAAGAAACAACGCUACUUCAAACUGCAGGAUGACGGCACCACCAUCUGGUACCAGUCUAAGAAGGCUGGGAACGCUCACUCCACAUUUUCAGUUGCCGACGUGGAGGCGAUACGAGAAGGCCACCAGUCCGAGGUCCUGCUCACCAUCGCCGACGAGUUCCCCGCCGAGCGAUGCUUCACGGUGGUGUUUCGCGGACGCCGGGGGAACCUGGACCUGGUGGCGGAGUCGGCCGAGGAAGCGCAGACCUGGAUCACGGGCAUGAGGAAGCUGAUCGAGAGCCUGGAGAACAUGGGGGAUCGAGAGAGGCUGGACCACUGGAUCGGCGACUGGUUCAAGAAGGCCGACAAGAACAACGACGGCCGGAUGAACUUCAAGGAGGUCCGAGAUCUACUGAAGAUGAUGAACGUGGACAUGAACGAGCACCACGCUCACCGACUCUUCACGACGGCCGAUAAGUCUCUGUCAGGGACGCUGGAAGACGACGAGUUCGUACUCUUCUACAAGAUGCUGACGCAGCGGGAGGACGUGCUCACGCUCUUUCAGAAGUUCUCCUCGGACGGCCAAAAAAUAUCUCAGAGCGACCUGGAGGUCUUCCUGAGAGACGAGCAGCUGGAAGGGGACGACGUCCAGCAGCACGCCAUGAGGCUCAUUGAGCGCUACGAGCCUUCUGAAACAGCCAAGCAGCUUCAAGCCAUGACGUUCGACGGCUUCCUGAUGUACCUGGGCUCAUCCGAGGGCUCCAUCUUCAACCCACAGCGGCGCGGCGUCUUCCAGGACAUGAGCCAGCCUCUUAGCCAUUACCUCAUCUCCUCCUCACACAACACCUACCUAAUGGAGGACCAGCUCAGAGGACAGAGCAGCGUGGAGGGAUACAUCAGGGCUCUGUGUCGAGGCUGCCGCUGCGUGGAGGUGGACUGCUGGGACGGAGCCAACGGAGAGCCCAUCGUGUAUCACGGACACACCUUCACCUCCAAGAUCCUCUUCAAGGACGUGGUCAACGCCGUGGGCAACUACGCCUUCAAGGUGUCACAGUAUCCAGUCAUCCUGUCCAUCGAGAACCACUGCAGCAUCGAGCAACAGAGAGUCAUGGCCCAACACCUCAAUCACAUCCUGGGUGACAAACUGCUGAAAUGCACGCUGGAUGGAAAGCCCCCCAUCAGGCUGCCGUCUCCGGAGGACCUGAAGGGGAAGAUUCUGCUGAAGGCGAAGAAGAUCGGCGGCCUAGAGGAGAGCCUCAACGGGACGACGGCGGAGGACUCUCUGACCGGAGAGGUCAGCGAUGAAGACGAGGCGGCUGAGAUGGAUGACGAUAACCUCCACAGAGAGAGCAUGCGCCGCAGGCUGAAGAAGUCGAAGCAGCGUCUCUCGAAGGAGCUGUCCGACUGUGUGGUCUACUGUAAAAGCGUCCACUUCAGCAGCUUCAAACACUCCCGGAUCCACUCCAAGUUCUACGAGGUGACUUCAUUCACCGAGUCCAAGGCCCGCAAGCACCUGAGAGAGGCAGGGGCUGAAUUUGUGCACCAUAACUCGCGGCAGCUGACCAGAAUUUAUCCCAGCGGCUUCCGAACAGACUCCUCAAACUUCAACCCUCAGGAGAUGUGGAACGCCGGGUGCCAAAUUGUCGCGUUAAACUUCCAGACGGCGGGGGAUGGCAUGGACCUGAACGACGGGCUCUUCAGUCAGAACGGCAACUGUGGCUACGUCCUGAAGCCGACCUUCAUGACGGCAGCGGAGAAAAUAUUCGACCCAGAGACGCCUGAAAAACAAGACGAGUACCAACCUGUAGUCCUCACAGUGCAGGUGAUCAGCGGACAGCAGCUGCCCAAAGUCAACAUCAAGGAGGACUCCAUAGUGGAUCCUCUGGUGCGGGUGGAGAUCCACGGUGUUCCUGCAGACCAGAGCAAGCAGGAGACCAGAUACAUCGAGAACAACGGGUUUAACCCCGUGUGGUACGACACUCUGCGUUUCAACAUCCACACCCCGGAGCUGGCCAUGGUUCGCUUCGUGGUGGAGGACUAUGACAAGACGUCUAAGAAUGACUUUGUCGGGCAGUACACACUCCCUCUGAGCUGCAUGCAGCAAGGUUACCGUCACAUCCACCUUCUGUCCAGAGAUGGAACCAGUAUUCCUCCUUCCUCCUUGUUUGUGCACAUCAGGAUCACAGAGCUGGAGUAACUCUGUGUACAGAUCCUAACAUAGAGACCUUCUCCUGUAGAAUAGUAUUUAUCAAUCUCACAUGAUGUGAAUGAUGACAGCGCCAAAUGUGUAGUCUUGUGCAGUAUGCAUGUUGUUUGUUCGUUGUCGUGUGUGUAUCUUGUUCUCUGAGCUCACGCUUCAUGUUCUAUUUUCUGUGUUCUGUGUUCUGUGUACUUGUCGUGAAGGAGAACGUGCCACCAUUAUGUUCAGGACGUUACGUUUCUGUGAGUAUUUUCUUUGACUAGCAGCACUUCAACUCCCACAAUCCUCUGCUUCCACUUUAUUUAACAAGCAAAACUUGAAGUUUUCUUUGAGCUGCACAGAGUGAGCGGUCUGAGAGUCUGAAGAGGGGCAGUGUUGGGACCAGGAGGAAGAGGAAUGCUGAUUUCAAGUGUUAAUAUCUACGGUUUGUGCAGAUGACCCUCAGGGUCACCGUAGUUAUCAGGUUUGUCUCUAAACUGUGAUUCAGUCAGGACAACAUGAACUAAGUUGCCGCUGACAUUAAUGUUGGUAUGAUUAAUAAACAGUCUAACUGUAGAGUCAGUUCAGAGUUGGAUUCAAGUGUAAUGGAGAGUAGUUACCUUUGUGUUAUGUAUAUAUUAUCCGUUUGUGUACAUGUGUUUUGAUAUGUCUAUUUUUGUAUACAUGAACACCAUUGUAGUGAUUAUAAGGUUGUUUUUUAAUGUG